AUGACACUGACAUGACAGUCACCGCGAUUGUUUUCUCGCGGAAAAGGAUCAAAGCAAGCUCGGGAAAAAGGACUUUGCGACGAAAGGCACCAUGGAGCAGCAGGAGGCAGGGGAUUUGUGCCUGUUGAUGGACAAGCUGUUGAUCAAAUCGUUGGAGCUGAUGGAACGGGAUCUGGAGUUAAGUGUGGAGAUCGAUCGGCUUACCACCGACGGCAAGGUGGACCUGGCGCACACCCGCUUCACGAAGGGCCCAACGGCGGUCAGUUCCGUGCAGCUACCGACCGAAGACUACAAACCGUUCCGGGCGCUCCACACCGUCGUCGAGCAGCUGCAGGACGUCGAAGGAGAGCUGCCGAUUCCACAGCUCUCCCUGGAAAAGCACCCGAUCGAACCGGAAGAGGACCGAAUCGAUCCGGCCGCCUGGUUCGGUAUUCUGCGGCCACCGACGCUGAACAGUGCUCGGGAUAAGUUUGCCCGCUCACUCGAAUCCAUCGUCGAGCGGGCUAAUGUACGCAUCACCCUAGCCAACUAUUUAAACGUGUUCGCGAAGCUCAAUAAACGCAAGGCCGAAGCAAUGCAGGAGCCGCAGGAGUAGGCCAUGAAUGUUCGUUUACAAA